AAAUGGUUAUGGGCGUUUUCUGACUUAUGGCGAAAUUUCAGAGGAAAAUCUUUUGGAAAAUAUCAACGCGAUAUUGGAUAAUCCAAAGUACAAAGAAAACGCCAAACGAAGGUCUGACCUUUUCCACGAUCGACCGGUUAGCCCUUUGGACACGGCUGUCUACUGGGUGGAAUACGUGAUUAAACAUAGAGGAGCACCACACUUGAGAGUGGCAGGGGUUGAUCUUCCCUGGUACCAGUAUCUUCUACUAGAUGUUAUUGCAGCGAUUAUUACAAUCGCAUCUUUGGGCUUGAUUGUUACGUGUUUCGUAUGCCAGAAGGUUUAUAGAAAAGUUUUGUUUUGAUAUUGUCUUUCAUUAAAACCUCUAUUUCGUUGCAUAUCCUUUUCAAUAUGUCGAAACUAAGCAAACAGAGCACUUACGAGAUAAACUAUCGCAAAAUCGUGACAAGUAGAAACGUUGUUUUUAGGCGACUGAUUUCAGUUUGGGAUAGCAAAAUGAAGAAUGCAGUUACAGUGAUACUAAUUGUGUUAACAACAAUCCACCAUGGAAGUUGUGCAAAAAUUUUGGGCGUUUUUAGCGCUUCAGGACGCAGCCACUACAUCCUUGACAGUGCGCUAAUGAAAGCCUUAGCCGAAAAAGGGCACGACGUCACCGUGAUCAGUGCCCAUGGCGAAAAAGAACCACCGAAGACGAAAGGAACUUACACAAACAUUGUGGUCACAGAAAUUCUAGAAAGCAGAAAACAAAUGAUGAAGCAGUAUAAUACUAAUAUGUUCGAUCGGGAAGACGUGAACCCGUUCCUUUCAACCGUUUUCAUGGGGCUUUUCAUGCCCAAGAUGCUAGAAGCAACGUUACAAAACGAGGAAGUCCAAAAAUUGAUUCACUCUAACGAAAAGUUUGAUGCAGUGAUCGCGGAACAAUUUUUCAGCGAUGCAGAUAAAGCAUUAGCGACUCAUUUUGGGGCGCCGUUGAUAGUUCUGAGUGCUGUAGGGGCAAAUUCUUGGGUAAACACGAUAGUUGGAAAUCCUAGCCCUACGUCGUAUAUUCCAAUGCUACAGACCGAUUAUUCGGUCCCCAUGACGUUUUGUGAGCGACUUGUCAACAGUCUUUUGUAUGUAUUCGGGCAAAUAUUUUUCGAUUUGGUUGUAUACCCUAACGAAAACGCGAAGAUUCAAAAAUCCAUCCCGAACGGACCUGAUAUUUCUGACGUACUUUACAAUGCUUCGAUUGUUUUGAUGAACUCUCACCCGAGUCUAAACCAACCUGUGCCGUACGUACCCAACAUGAUCGAUAUUGGAGGGUUUCACGUACAACCACCAAAGAAACUCCCUCAAGACUUGCAAGAGUUUUUAGACAACGCGAAAGACGGUGUCGUCUAUUUCAGCAUGGGUUCUAAUUUGAAAAGCGCUGAUUUUCCACCAGAGAAACGGGACGCGAUUUUGAGGACGUUGUCGAAAUUGAAGGAACAAGUUUUGUGGAAAUGGGAGGAGGAUGUUUUGCCUGGGCAACCCAAGAAUGUUAAAUUGUCUAAGUGGUUACCCCAACAAGAUAUUCUAGCGCACCCAAAUGUCAAACUUUUUAUCACUCAUGGAGGUUUUUUAAGUACUACCGAGACGGUUUACCACGGGGUACCCAUUUUGGCGAUUCCUAUAUUUGGUGACCAAAAAUUAAACGCUAGAACUGCUAUGGACAACGGUUUUGGUCUUGUAUUACCGUACCAGGAGAUUACUGAGGAUAAGUUUACGCAAAGUAUUCAAGAAAUUUUAACUAAUCCUAAAUAUAGAAAUAACGCGAAAAAGAUUUCUGAGACGUUUCACGAUAGGCAGGUGGGUCCAAUGGAGACAGCGAUAUACUGGGUCGAGUAUGUGAUUCGUCAUAAAGGAGCGCCACACUUGAGAGUUGCAGGUCUUGAUCUACCGUGGUACCAAUAUUACUUGUUAGAUGUACUUGGUUUUCUAGUUUUAGUUAGUACGGUUGUUGUAUGUAUUUCCUACUAUUCAAUUAAAGCGGUUUGUAAAAAAAUAUGCAACAAACGUAAAACUAAAAAAUUGAAACAAAAGUAACUACUCCAAUAAAGAUUACAACAUAA